AAAAAAACAACAUAAAUUCAAACUAGAGAUUGUCUACUAAUCGAAUAUAACGUUUUUUUAGUUUCUUUUCUAUCAAAUAAAUAUCGAAAAAUGUCAAUUACUUAUGCAUUGAUUGCUGAAGGAAUUAUCAAGAGUACAAUGGAUAAUUCCGUCAAUAUUUCAGUCAUUGCUGAAACAUCUUGCCAAAAGACUUUGAGAAUGGUCAUUGAACAAAAAGUCAUUCCAAAAAUGGUCAAUAAGGAAAAUAUGUCAAAUUAUGACAAGCUCAUUCUCACUCAUGAAAUGUUCAAUUUCUUCAUCAAGAGAGAAAGAUCAUCUCUUGGUGAUUUAUUCUAUGUUGUCAUUAGUACACAAGAUGGCAAGCAACGUAUCUGUUGGAAUAUGAUUGAAUCCAUGUCCACAGAAUAUCAUCAACACAAGAAACAAGUCAACUUGACCAAGCUCAUGCAAUUCCACAACGAUACAAACAAUGACAAGAUCUCCAAAUUACAAAAUGCAGUAGAUGAAGUCAAGAAUGUCAUGAUUAUCAACAUUGAUAAAAUUUUGGAUAAUCAGAAAAAGAUGCACGAAUUAAUUGUUGAAACUGAUUCGCUGAGAGAACAAGCAGAAAUUUUCCAACGUGGAGGAAGAAAGCUCAAAUGGGCCAUGGCAAAGAGAUGGAUUUACAUUUCUGCAGCUGUAGUGGUAACUGGUUUGGUAAUUAUUGGUGUGAUUGCAUUAAUUUUGGCACUUGCCUUGUAAAAUUUUUUGUAAAUAGUUAAAGUAUUAAAUGUAAAUAAAAUUGUAAAGCUGACGAACUUU